AGCACCGCAAGGGCUUGGAGAGAAAUCAAUUAAGAUGCGCGGGAGACCGAUCCUCCUGCUCACGGCGGCGGUCCUGACACUGUUGUUGUUGUCCGGCGAAACUGACGGGAGUCGCCGCAGACGUCGGCGCCGAAGCACCACCACCCGGCCGCCCGUGGACUGCCAGUGGUCGUCCUGGUCUCUGUCCUACUCCAACUGUGGCAACACCUGCGGAGGGACGAAGACCUUCACCAGGUACCGGUGCAGGCCGGCGGAACACGGCGGGGCGGACUGCGUUGGGGACACGCAGAAGACGGAACCGUGCGCGGGGUCGUCAUGCCAGAACGGCGGGCAGUGGAACGGCGUCUCCUGUACCUGCUCUAGCGGCUUCUAUGGAUCCUGUUGUCAUAGAACCCUGAUGUGCCCGCCCAUGGACGCCCCUGCUAACGGACAGAUCAGUUCUCCGGACACGAAUGGCGGCGUUACGGUCUACUUCGCCUGUGACCCCGGCUACACGCUGUUGGGCAGCACCUCUGCAACGUGCCAGUCGUCCGGCAGGUGGUCCGACAACAGACCGAUAUGUCAGAUUGGAACGUGUCCAGCCUUACCUGUGCUGGCGCACGGUUCGAUGUACGGGUCCUUGUCCACCGGUUCCCACAUGACGUUCUCGUGUCAGCCCGGCUACACCCUGAGCGGUCCGUCCUCCAUUAGAUGUAACAGACAUGGGGCGUGGAGCGAGCAGCCUCCGAUCUGUACAGCUGUUCAAUGCCCAAUGCUGUCACCUCCUGUCCAUGGGACCACCAGUAGUAUUUCACAGCCCAAUGCCGGGACCUGGAACUCACUGCAGUGCGAUACCAAUGUGGUACAAGGCCCGGUCCAUCCUGUGGAAUGUGGAACGAAUGCUGCGAACUUCCACGAGCCAACCUUCACCGUCAGUUGUCCAGUUGGAUGCUCUGGGUGCUCUGUAUGUGUUUGGGGGUCUGGCAUCUACACAGACGACUCUAGUAUUUGCCGUGCUGCUAUCCAUGAUGGUAGGAUCACGGAUGCCGGAGGACAGGUGACUGUGUACAUAAGGUAUGGACAACACUCGUACCAGGGGUCCUGGCAGCACAAUAUCCAGUCCCAGCCUUUCGGAGCCUGGCCUCGUGCCUUUGCAUUUACACAAGUAGUUAGAGAGCAAAAUGACAGAGAUCAAAAGAUGGCAACUACAAGCUGCGCUACACCGGGCUACACCAUGUUCAACGGGGUGUGCUACAAGGCCUACGACCGUCAGAAGGACUACAACCGGGCCCGGCAGAUUUGUGCCGCAGACGGCGGCUUCUUAGCCAUGCCGAGGGACGCCGCCUCCAACGACCACAUCAGCCAACUGUGCGGCGCCGACUGUUGGAUCGGACUGUCCGAACAGAGGGUGGAAAACCGUUGGGAAUGGGAGGACGGGUCCACCCUGAGUGGAACAGGCUUCAACGAUUGGGCCAGAAGCCCGGCGGAAGAGAAAGAAUCAGGGGGGAGGUCGGGUUCAGGCUCCGGCACCAACGAUGAUAACAAAGACUGUGCCCUGAUGAAGCAGAGUGGACCGAAGUGGGUGGUGCACGAUUGCACUCAACAGCAAAAUUUCGUCUGUGAAUCAAGACAUGUGAUUCACCACCAGGUUCAGACCCAGUGUACCGUACUGACGAACACGGAUCCCGUAGCUCAGGGUAGUGUGACUGGGCAGACCUACUUGCACGGCACCACCAUACACUUCACCUGCGACCCAGGGCACACCAUGAUUGGUGCAGCCGACAGGGUGUGUCAAGCUGACGGCCAAUGGAGUGGCUCUCAGCCUACCUGUCAACCUGACCGAGUACCAGAGUGUCCAGUUCCGCACGCACCUCACCACGGAACGAUCAGCGGGAACUACUUUGUAGGAGACACUGUGACCUACACCUGCCACACUGGUUUCCAGCUAACAGGUUCAGCCUCAAGAUACUGUCAGUCCACACAGCACUGGACUGGGACAGAACCAACUUGUACCAAGGUCCAGUGUCCUGUCCUGGCCGCUCCCCUCAAUGGACACAUGACUGGUGGCCACGAAUUUGGCAAUCAUCUGCAGUUCUCCUGCAAUCCUGGUUAUGAACUGCUAGGGGGCAGCACCUUGACUUGCCAGGCAGAUGGAACCUGGGAUGGACCGGAACCAGUGUGUAACAGGAUACAGUGUCCUCCUGUCCAAGCCCCAUUGCAUGGCCAGGUGACUCAGAAUGGGGACACGAUCACCUACACCUGUGAUGUUGGGUACAUCCUGAGUGGGCCCUCUACCAUGACAUGCCUCAGUACUGGCGUGUGGAGCGACCAGGCACCGCACCACCACAUACGGCACGACACACCGCACCACACAGCGCACGACACACCGCAGCACGAACCGCAGUGUACCGCUGUGGUCUGUCCCAUGCCCCCCCGUCCUGCGCAUGGCUCAGUGGCAGGUACCACUACCUUUGGGGGUGUGAUUACCUACACCUGCGACCAUGGUCACACCCUGAGUGGGUCCCCCACCCAGACAUGUCAGAGCAACCAACAAUGGUCAGGCACUCCACCAACCUGUCAAAUACUGCAUUGUGCUGCCCUGUCUGCACCUGACCACGGUUCAGUCAGUGGCCACAACCACGUUGGAGACACUGUCACCUUCACCUGCGACCCUGGCUUCUAUCUUGCCGGCUCCACGGAUCGACUGUGUCAAUCAGACAUGACAUGGUCAGGAACACAGCCCACGUGCAGAAGGGGAAAUUGUCCAGACCUGAGUGCCCCAGCCAACGGGCUCAUGACAGGUGGCAACCGGUUCCAGAAUCAGGUGCAGUUCAGCUGUAACAGUGGCUACCAGCUGGUUGGGAGCACCACCCUCACCUGCCAGGCUGACCAAACCUGGAGUGGACAGGUGCCCACUUGUGUCCCGACUCAGUGUCCUACUCUGCAAGUAAUAAAUGGCUUUGUGACCGGUUCGACUGUGUUUGGUUCCACGGCCAGCUGUGGUUGUGAUCCUGGGUUCCUGUUGAUCGGUCCUGCCACCACCACCUGUCAGAGUACUGCCACCUGGAGUGCUCAAACUCCCACAUGCACAAUUAAGACCUGUCAGCCACUUGUGGCUCCAAAUCACGGGUCAGUGACUGGCGGGAACAACUACGGAGAUGUGGCCACCUACGCCUGCGAUCCGGGCUAUGAAAUGGUUGGGAGUCCCACCCAGACAUGUCAGGACAACGAGCAUUGGACAGGCUCUCCACCAUACUGUAUAAGAAUGGACUGUGUGACCUUGGAUGCACCCUUACAUGGGUCAGUCAGUGGGACCAGUCAUGUGGGUGACACUGUGACCUUCUCCUGUGACCCUGGGUAUGAGAUUUCUUCUGGUUCUUCUUCCCGGACCUGUCAAUCCUCACAGACAUGGACAGGAACUCAACCGACUUGUACAAAAAUCCAAUGCCCCAGUGUGAGUGCACCAGCCAAUGGCAACAUGGCGGGGGGUAUAGAGUUUGGCGACCAGCUGCAGUUCUCGUGUAGUUCUGGUUAUCAGCUGGUGGGUAGCAGCACGCUGACGUGCCAGGCUGACCAGACGUGGGACGGCACUGCGCCAACCUGUAGUGCCAUUCACUGUCAACCCCUCCAGCCACCCCAGAAUGGCCAGGUCACAGGUGGUAGCUCCUUCGGGGACACAAACACCUACACCUGUGACAUUGGCUACCUCCUGUUUGGUGACAGCACCAGCUAUUGCCUCAGUACAGGCACUUGGAGUUCACAGCCACCCCAGUGCACACUGAAAACCUGCCCACCACUGGCAGACCCUGUCCACGGCAGUGUCGUGGGUGGGAACAACUAUGGGGACGUGGCCGUCUACGCCUGCGACCCAGGCUAUGACCUUGUCGGAACACCGUCACAGACAUGUCAGAACAACCAGCAUUGGAGUGGGGCAGCACCAGUUUGUCUUCGAAUGGAAUGUGCCAUCCUGGACCCCCCUCUCCAUGGAACAGUCAGCGGCACCAACUUUGUGGGGGACACUGUGACCUUCGCCUGUGACCCCGGGUACGAGAUCACCGGAACCUCCAACAGGACCUGUCAAUCAACCCUGGACUGGUCUGGAAAACAGCCAGUUUGCACAAAGAUACAGUGUCAACUCUUCAGUGUCCUGGCGAAUGGCAACGUGAUAGGCAGUAAUGAGUACGGAGACCAGCUACAGUUCCAAUGUAGUGCUGGUUAUCACUUGGUAGGGAGCAGCACCCUGACCUGCCAGGCCGAUCAGACAUGGAGUGACGCAGCACCAACCUGCACUCGAAUCCAGUGCUCUGCUGUCCAGGAUCCACUGAAUGGUCAUGUGACCGGGAGUAACGUUUUUGGCAGCACGGCCACCUACACCUGUGAUGUUGGGUACCUCCUGAGUGGUGACAGUACCAGCACCUGUCUCAGUACAGGCUCCUGGAGCAGCCAGGCUCCUCAGUGUACAUUGAAGACCUGUCCACCACUUGCGGCUCUGAACCAUGGCACAGUGACUGGUGGCAACAACUACGGAAACAUCGCCACCUACACCUGUGAUAUUGGCUAUGACCUGAUAGGAAACCCCACCCAGACAUGUCAGGACAACCAGCAAUGGACGGGCUCCCCUCCAACCUGUCAAAAGGUCCAGUGCACCUCCCUGAGUGCGCCGACGUACGCAGACAUGACGGGGACGGGUCACGAGUAUGGCGACACCGUGCACUUCACCUGCUGGCCUGGGUACUCACUGGCAGCAGGAGACAUCGACAGAACUUGUCAAGCCGAUGGCUCAUGGAGCGGUCUUCAGCCUUCCUGUACAGUGAAUGAAUGUCCUAAACUAGAUGCACCUACAAAUGGCCUGGCUUACGGCCAAAACACGCUCAAUGGUGUGACAAUCUUCAUGUGUAACAAUGGGUACGAACUGGUCGGUGGUGACGCUGUGCGGCAGUGCAAUCCGGUUGACAUGACAUGGAGCGGAACCCAGCCUACUUGUCAACGAAAAGAGUGCCCCCAACUGUCAGCACCAAGUAACGGUGUUGUCACUGGGGGUACCUUCUAUGGGGACCAGGUGACCUUCACAUGUGACCCCGGGUACGAGAUCUCAGGCAGCGACAUUAGGACAUGUCAGAUGAACCAACAGUGGAGCGGAACCCAACCAACAUGUGAACGGAUCCAUUGUCCAGUGCUGAGUCCCAUAGCUGAUGGACAGAUGAGCGGAAGUCAUGAGUUUGGAGACCAGGUCAUGUUUGUCUGCAACUCUGGCUACGAUCUCAGCGGGAGUUCCUCUCGUGUGUGUCAGGCUGACGGCACGUGGUCGGGAAUCCAGCCAAGUUGUGACCGUGUGAAGUGCCCAGAUGUAUCAGCCCCAGUCCACGGCUCAGUGACAGGAGGGGUUUAUCUAGGUGACACAGUGACAUACUCCUGUGACUCUGGGUAUGAACUGUAUGGAACGUCCACACAGAUAUGUCAGGCCGCCCAAACAUGGAGCGCAACACAACCCAGAUGUGACAGAAAGCCAUGCUUGACUCUGGACCCCCCUCUGAAUGGUAAAGUCAAUGGUUCAAACCUGUACGGAGACACAGUAACAUUCACCUGCAAUGUUGGGUUCGAGUUGUUGGGCGACCAAACAAGGAUCUGUCAGGACAACCAGCAGUGGAGUGGAACACAGCCAUACUGUCAAAAACAACAAUGUGGCCAGCCACAAGCCCCCAGCAAUGGUGCUGUGUCAGGCGGCACUUUCUAUGGCAAUCAUAUGACCUUCACAUGUGAUCCCGGGUAUGAGAUCUUUGGAAGUGCAGUCUUGACCUGUCAGGGGAAUCAACAGUGGAGUGCAUCUCCACCAACAUGUACACUGGUACAGUGUCCACCCCUCAGUCCUGUAGUCAAUGGUCAGAUGAGUGGCGGUAUGUCUUACGGAGACCAGGUGAUGUUCACGUGUAACCCUGGGUACAUCCUCAGUGGGACAACCUCACGUACCUGCCAGGCUGACGGAACGUGGUCGGGAGCCCAGCCAGUCUGUAACCAGAUGAAGUGUCCUGACGUGGUAGCACCACUACACGGGUCUCUGAGUGGAGGCACAAACAUCGGUGACACUGUGACGUACUCCUGUGAUACUGGGUAUCAACUCGUCGGGCUGUCUGUCCAGACAUGUGAGGCUACCCAAACAUGGAGCAAUACAAAACCAACAUGCACAAGAGUGGCAUGCCAGAAGCUGGACCCUCUCACCAAUGGUAUAAUAAAUGGAACCAGUAACCUGUAUGGAGACAUAGUGACCUUUGAGUGUAACGUUGGAUAUCAGCUUGUUGGCAGCUCCUCCUUGACCUGCCAGAGUGACCAACAGUGGAGUGGGUCUCCACCUCACUGUCAAAAAAUACAGUGCUCACCGCUAUCACCACCUUCAAUGGGUUGGCUGGAACGUAGGAAUUCCUAUGGGGACACCGUGACUAUCGUGUGUGACACCGGGUACAUCGUUGUUGGCAGCGCCACGCUGACGUGCCAGGCUGACGGGCAAUGGAGCGCACAGCAGCCUUCGUGUCAAAGAGCCCAGUGCCCUUCACUCACCAUAGCAAAUGGUCAAAUGAGCGGCAGCAACUUCUUUGGUGAUACGGUGACCUUUGUGUGCAACACUGGCUACACUCUUUUUGGAAGUUCCUCUCGGAGAUGCCUGGCAGGCAGCAUAUGGUCAGGCGCCCAGCCUGUCUGUAACCGCACGGAAUGUCCAGAUCUGGUAGCACCCGCCGCUGGGUCUGUAACAGCAGGAUCGUUCUAUGGCGACACAGUGUUCUACAGCUGCAUCACAGGGUAUGAAGUCGACGGCGUUCCAGUGAGAACGUGCCAGGCAGAUCAGACAUGGAGCGGGAUGGAGCCAACCUGUACCAGAAAGGAGUGUUUGACCUUGGACCCUCCUGCCAAUGGCAGAGUAGUUGGGAGUAACCUGUAUGGAGACACGGUGACCUUUGUCUGUGACUAUGGUUAUGAGUUGAUCGGAGACCAGAGAAGGACCUGUCAGAGUGACCAACAGUGGAGUGGAACACAGCCGUACUGUCAACGGAAAGAAUGCCCACCUCUGCAGGUACCAAACAAUGGUGGGAUGUCUGGAACCUAUUUUGUUGGUGACCAGAUGACCUUCACAUGUAAUCCUGGGUACGACCUCAAUGGCGAUGCAAUGCUCACCUGUUGGGGACACAAGCAGUGGAGUGGGACCCCACCAACUUGUGACCGGGUUAGCUGUCCAGCUCUGAGCCAGCCAGCUAAUGGUCAGAUGAAUGGUAACAACUUGUUCGGAGACCAGGUGACCUUUGCGUGUGACCUAGGGUAUUCGCUGAAUGGGAGCAUUUCUCGCACCUGCCAGGCAGAUGGGACGUGGUCAGGAGUCCAGCCUGUGUGUAACUCUUUGAGGUGUCAAACUCUGGCUUCGCCUGCCCAUGGAACUGUGGCUGGGGGCUCCACGUUUGGUGACACUGCCACCUACUCCUGUGAUACCGGGUAUGAGGCGGUCGGUGGAACCCCCGUCAGGAUGUGCAUGGCUAGCCUGACAUGGAGCGGAACACAACCAAGUUGCAAUAAAAUAUCUUGUGUGAGCUUGUCUAGCCCUGUUAAUGGUGGGAUAACCGGCUCUAACCAGUACGGAGACACAGUGACGUAUGACUGCAGUACUGGGUUUAUGUUGAUGGGAGACCAGACAAGAACCUGUCAGAGUGACCAGCAGUGGAGUGGAACACAGCCAUACUGUCAAAGGCUGCAGUGUCCACAGCUGGGUACCAUCGCAAACGGUGCCUCCACUGGUGGGCUGUAUUAUGGUGACUACGCCUCUUUCACAUGUAAUCCUGGGUACGAGAUUCAGGGUAAUUCUACUGCAGUUUGCAUGGACGACGGACAAUGGAGCAGUACAGCACCUACAUGCAUUGCCAAAGAAUGUCAUGCUCUCAGAGCCCCAGCUGAUGGUACCAUGAGUGGAACCUUCUUUGUGGGUGACCGUGUGACCUUCUCCUGCAAGGCUGGGUAUAACCUGGUGGGCAACAAUGUCAUAGUGUGCCAGGAUUCCCAGUCAUGGAGUGGAAGUGUACCAAAAUGCGAAAGUGUGACUUGCGGCUCACUACUUGCCCCUGUCUAUGGAGCUGUCAGAGCCCCAGGGAACACUUUUGGUGACACGGCGACCAUCAUGUGUGAGCCUGGAUAUGAGCUUGUCGGGGACAGCAUCAGGACGUGUGAAGCCAGCGGACUGUGGAGUGGUUCCACGCCUCUUUGUCAAAGGAUAUGCUGUAGUUCACCUGCUAUUCAGUUUGGUGAUUUUGCGGGAACAAUUUGCUACAAUGACACCAUCACCUUCAACUGUGACCCUGGCUAUGAAAUAUUAGGAGCCACAGCUGCAACCUGCAAUGAGACUGGUCACUGGGAUGCCGCUAUUCCUCAGUGUCAGAAGGUGUGCUGUAGUAGCUCCCUGGUGAUCCCCAACGGCCAGUUUACUACUGCACACGGCAACUGUUUCGGUGCUGUGGGCCAGGCAGACUGCUCGGAAGGCUACAUUAUAUAUGGAAACGACAUCCUUUACUGCAACACAAGUGGACAAUGGGAAGGAAAGAUGCCCCAAUGUCAAUUGAUGUGCUGUGGAGAUCCAGGAUCCAUCCGAGAUGGCGGGGUAAGCUGGACGGGACUGUGCCAUGGUGAUGUUGCGACUUACUCAUGUAACAGUGGAUUCCGUCUUGUUGGUAAUGCAUCAUACACAUGUUCCGCCAGUGGUGACUGGGGACCAUCGCCUUAUUGCGAACCUUACAACCUGUGUGACAGAAGCACCCUGCCCAGCCCCAGCGGAGGCACUAAGAUCUGCUUCAGCAGCCCGCAGGGUUCAGAACUUGUGGACUACUGCCAGAUGCACUGCAACGCUCCGAAGGAGUACUCCAACCAUAACGAGGCUCUGUAUGAAUGUAGCGCUGCGACCGGCUGGCUGUGGAGCGUCCGUCGCUAUGUGACUGGCGGUUCCUCUCUUAUCUCUGUCAAUGUUGGAGUGUGUUCCUCUGCCUAUUUCAAUCCUUUUGCUCUGGUGGUCGCCAACGGUUUGUCCAUCACCUACUCUGGAGCUGUUGAUUUGGCAGCCAUCGAGGCAGAGAUGAAGAACUACCUCCUCAGCAAUAACCUCUGCACUCUGCCAUGCCAGGUUGGCAAUGUUGAGCUGCAAAUCGAUCCAAAUGCCAGAGUGGGACCGCGGGCAAAGGCUGGGAGAUCCAACACCCGUGCCACCAUGUCUAUUCAACUGUACGGCUACGCAGACGAGAGCCUCAUCACACAAACUAACACAAUUCAGAUGGAAUGGGUUCGACUGGCUGCAGAACUUAGGGAGGCACUGACAGUUCUUCAACAGCCGGGAGGGAUCAGUCUGUCAGUACAGGGAGUGGAAGUCAUGCUUCAGGCUGACAACAUGCAGAUCUCCCCUCCAAGUCUGGGAUGUCAGCUGGGAGAAGUACUGGAGGGAGUACAGUGUAGACGGUGUGGCCCAGGUACAUACUACGACAUAUACGAGAACGACUGCCGCCCGUGUCCGUACGCCACUUACCAGGACGAGUCAGGACAGACUGAGUGCAAACCCUGUAAGGAGGGGACGACAACCGCCAUGAUGAGUGCUCGUAACUCUACAGACUGCCAAGCUUUUGCUGAGUGCAACUGUGGCAUCCAUCCAUGCAAACUGACCGACACAGCAGGAUACGUCUGUGAUUGUCUGAAUGGGUACGAACAGGUGGACAUCGCAGGGGAAUUACUGUGCAAAGACAUUGAUGAGUGUACCCAGCCAGGCAUUUGUCCAAACGCUGCCUGCUACAACCGCCCAGGGACCUACUCCUGCCAGUGCUUACCAGGAUUUGAGGAGCCAAACUGUCUUGAUAUCGAUGAGUGUCGGUAUGUGGGUUUCUGUCCAGACAACUCCCAGUGUACCAACACACCUGGCAGCUAUAACUGCACCUGUCUGCCGGGAUAUUAUGGAGACAACUGUGAAGAGUGCACACCAUACCGGGGUAACUGUUACUCCGUGUCGGAAACCCCGGGAUCGUACGACCAGGCCAAGCAGGAGUGCCACGAGAGGGGCGGGAUUCUGGCGGUCAUCCAGGACCAGGACAUGCAGGACUUCUUUGUCCAGCUUCUGUCUGUGUCCAACAAGGACGCCUGGAUCGGGCUGGGUGACCAACACUUCAGCGGAGAGUGGCAGUGGAGUGACGGAACACACAUCACUGAUAGCUCCUACACUUAUUGGGCAUGGGGUGAGCCCAAUGGUUCUGGAAACUGCACCCACCUCUGGCCAGCUGCCAAUUUUGGCUGGGACGACCAGCCUUGUAAUAAAACCACCUACCACGUCUGCCAGUUCACUUUCUAACCUGACAUGCUUCAGCACUCAGAACAUGCAUCUUUAUUGAGGCCACAAAAAUCUUGCUUUAAAUACUAGUAGCAAUGGAAAGUUAAAGAAUUCGACAAUCUUACAAAUCAGCCAUAUAAUGUGAGGUUUUUUUAUGAGUGAUUAAUAAGGACAAACAGUUCUUCAGUAUGUUAUUGUAAUGACAAUGUACACGUAUACAAUGUGUAUGGCUCCAAAAUUCCUGAGCACACUCUUCACAAAAGUAAGAAUGGUCUCAUAUCUGUGUUUUUUUCUCUUGUGGUUUUGUGAUGUUCUUUGAAUCAUAUUACAGAGGAUACUGUUGGACUGGAUUUGGAUGAAGUCAUAUGAAGUAGAUCUAAUCAGACGGAUUGGAAUUAUCAUAGGUUUUAUAAUUUGUGCCUUAAGCUUAUGAGCUUGCCUUUGCUGUGUUUGCUGUGGAAUCUGAAAUAAAGGAGAGUAGAACUCUC